CCCGCGCAGCCUUGCGGAGCUGUGCAUCCGCGGUGCGCACUCGCCCGUUGAUCACUAUUUCCUUCCUGAAAGGCCUGUAUUGAUCAUAUCCGCCAUAUAUCUACAUUAUGAUUCAUUUUUCAUCAUUCUGAUGUGCAAAUUCAAAUUCUCAGUAGCGGCGUUGGCCGGAGCUGAGAGGGCGAGAGAUACUUAGAGAGGGGGUGAGAUGAGAGGACGCGCAUCAUCAGAUGUUUAGCAGAUUCACUUUCGAUCUUCGCCAUCAUUUCUGCGGUGCUGUUUUUGGUCUUUUUCCCUCCCCUCCAUCGUGACAUUUUGCGACUCUCGAUGUUGUAAUCCGGGGGAAUAUGUGAAGAUCAUGCUGGCGGUGUGGUGCUUCAUGGUCUUUGCUGCAGUGGGCGAGAGGCUUGCAGUCUCAGGUGUGGACAGGAGCCCAAUGCAGGAUGGAGGCAUGUGGGACUGGUUUACCCCAGCUGGGUGGUUGGACAGUGGGGACAAUGACACCAAGGUCACCUAUCCGAAGCGGCUGGUGCAGCAGAUCAAGUCGGAGGAAGAAUUGGCUCAUGACCACCUGGAUACCAGGGUGAAGAACAGCACCGGGGACACCUCGCCUGUCCACUUGGCCCAGAGCUGUUUCCAAGUUGAAGCCUUUGGACAAAACUUCACUCUGGACCUGGAGCUAAACCAUCACCUUCUGUCUUCAGAAUAUGUGGAACGGCACUUUAACCAGGAUGGCAGACCCUCACAGUCAGUGGGAGGGGAGCACUGCUACUACCAGGGAAGGUUAAGAGGUUUACCAGAGUCCUGGGCAGCUCUCUCCACCUGCCACGACCUGUGGGGCAUGUUCUCUGAUGGUGUCUUCUCCUACUGGAUUGAGCCCGUUCACAACGGGAGCAAUAAGGAUGAUGGUGCUCACUUAAUCCACAGGAUGCCUGAUGUCAGACUUUCCCCCCACUGCCCAGACUGUACAGGGGACAGUGAGUGGGAGAGCAGAGGAGGUGAUGGUGAUGCUGACAAACCGGACAAAAUGAGGGAGCAGCAGGUGUCUGGUGGCCUGAGGCGUUCCAAGAGAUUUGUUCGCAAGCCCUCUGUCCAGACUGAGACCAAAUACAUUGAGUUGAUGGUGGUCAACGACAACGAAAUGUUUGUACAGCUGCGUCGCUCCAGCAGCCAAACCAAGAACUUUGCCAAAGCAGUGGUCAACAUGGCAGAUGCGAUCUACAAGGAACAGCUGAACACGAGAAUUGUGCUGGUUGCCAUGGAGACCUGGACCUCAAAAAAUAUGAUGACAGUAGUGGAAGAUCCAUUGAUAACGCUGCAGAACUUCAUGAAAUACAGGAAGGACAACAUCAAAGAGCAGAGUGACGUCGUGCAACUUUUCUCAGGACGUACAUUUCACAGUAGCCGCAGUGGCACGGCCUUCACAGGAGGGGUGUGCUCUCUAACAAGGGGAGGAGGUAUCAAUGAGUAUGGGAAUGUAGGUGCAAUGGCUAUCACUUUGUGCCAGAGUCUUGGCCAGAACAUCGGCAUGAGGUGGAACAACGCACGCAACUCUGCAGGAGACUGCAGGUGUCCAGAUGCCUGGCUGGGCUGCAUCAUGGAAGACACGGGAUACUAUCUGCCCAGAAAGUUUUCGCGCUGCAGUGUUGAUGAGUACAUCCAGUUCUUGCUCCAAGGGGGCGGGAGCUGCCUCUUCAACAAACCCAGCAAGCUUUUGGACCCUCCAGAGUGUGGGAAUGGCUUUGUGGAGCCAGGGGAAGAGUGUGAUUGUGGAUCCCAGGUGGAGUGUGCCCGUAACGGAGGAGCCUGCUGUAAAAAGUGCACACUUACCCAUGAUGCCAUGUGCAGUAACGGACUCUGCUGCAAUAGCUGCAAGUAUGAGCGGAGAGGCGUAGUAUGUCGCGAUGCUGUGACUGACUGUGAUAUCCCAGAGACCUGCACCGGCGACUCCAGCCAGUGCCCUCAUAAUGUCCACAAGCUGGAUGGCUACAUGUGUGAUAACAGUCAGGGCCGCUGUUACGGUGGACGAUGCAGGACUCGUGAUGGACAGUGUAGGGGACUUUGGGGUUAUAAUUCAGCGGACAGGUUUUGUUAUGAGAAGCUGAAUGCUGAGGGGACAGAGAAAGGCAACUGUGGACCAGGUCCUGAAGGCCAGGGUUGGCUGCAGUGCAACAAGCCGGAUGUUUUAUGCGGCUUUCUGUUCUGUGCCAACGUGACGAUGAAGCCAAAGUUUGGUGACUUGCAGGGUGAGGUGACCAGUUUCACCCUCUACCACCAGAACAAGUACCUGGACUGUAGAGGUGGCCAUGCUCUGCUGGAGGACGGCUCAGACCUGGGCUACGUGGAGGACGGCACUCCCUGCGGUCCCAACAUGAUGUGCUUGGAGCGACGCUGCCUCCCUGUGGCGGCAUUCAACCUCAGCACCUGUUCGGGAUCCAAUCUUGGACGCAUCUGUUCCGACCAUGGGACCUGCAGUAAUGAGGUGAAGUGUAUCUGUGACAGAGACUACACAGGGAAGGACUGCAGUGUCUUUGAUCCCAUCCCUGAGCCAACAGUCCCGACGGGCCCGGAGAAGAAAGAUCUGGUGGAGGAUAAGAUGUCUGUGUGUCUUUCUGUCUCUGUGUCCUGUCUUCCUCUUUGCACUGUGUCAUUUCCACAUCGGAGAAGAGGGGAACAAAAAGUCUUCCACUCCAGUCCCACAAUCUCUCCCAACCUCUUCCGAUUAUCGUUUUCCUCCACGCUCCCGUCUGAUCCUUUCGUGUGUCCUCCUGCCUGACUCCAACCUCCUCUGGGCCUCCUCACCAUACCACCUGCUGCCAGCAGGCCGCUGAGGAUUGUGUCCAGGCCACACCUAGAGCAAACAGGUGGCCCUCUGUGUUGGAGACACCGGGGUCUCCCUCCAGGCUGGUGGCUCUAAGAAUGUGUUUCAGUGUCUACGUACCUUCUUUUCUCACAUCUUGGACAGUCUGAUAAGGAACAUAUCAACGGUGGACCAAUUUAAUAUGAGACAUGUCUUUCCAAUGCCUGCCUGCCUGCACACAAACUGAACUGGCCACCACAGUUAAAUGUUGAACUAGCACACAGAGUGGCCAUCUUAAAGACUGAAAUAAUGUAAGAGGAGCUGAAUAGUUUCCUUUUAUCUUAAAGGAGAAGGACCUGACGCACAGUUCAUCCCAAGCCAGGCCUUGACUAGGUGCAUCUCAAAGUGGACAGUUAUCUGUUUUAAUCUACAAAGUUUGGAAUUUAACAAGUAUAUAACUGAAAAGAAACCGUGCAUUGGACUGUUGUUAGCAUGUUUUCCAAAGAGAGACUGAGGAGCGACUAAUGAUCAUAUAAAAUGAUGACUACAUUACUACCAAUCAACCAUUAGCCAGAGCCCAGACUGAUAGUUGACUUUAUGUUCAUUGUUUUUUGUCCUUUUAACUUGAGGCAUCUUGUCUGCCCCCCCAACAAGUUUUCAGGUACAAAAAGGGAAGCUGGGUGUAAUGGUUUUGGGAUCAUUUUAAACCACUGAACUUUAAAGCAGCAGAGACCGUAACUUAGUGUUUUCAACCACAGACCGACCAACAUACAUUCCACAAUAUGUCUGUGUGCGUGCUCACUACUUUCAGGCCCAACGUUUGUACGCUUAGGAGGUUUAAUCUCUGUCUGUUCACGAGUGAAUGUACGGGUGUAAGAGAUUUUUAAAGGAAGGAAGAAUGUAUGUGUGUUUACAAUAGUGUUAGGGGCAGUUGUGUCCAUGUACACCUUAACACUCCUCCUAUCACAGGUAGAUAGGCAGGUUUUUACCUCUAGAAUAAUCGUCUCUUUCUACAAACUGUUGCAGCAAUGGCACCACAAGGCAGCACGUUAAUAAAGAAUUCAACAGUUUUUAUGUCAUGUAUCUACAGAAAACAAACACUAGCCAACUGUAUGCACACCUAUUUGUAAAUAUGUGCAACAUGUACUGAAUGUUAAAUGCACUGUAUGAAGAUUUAUUUAAAAACUAUGUUAAAAUAAUGAGUUGUAUCUGUUUAAGCAAACACGCCGCUGUCAGUCUGUUGACACGACCUCCAUCUGCAACUCUCUCUAGUCGACGCUGUCCAUGCAUCUUUAAAUGUGGCGUAACAGCUAAGCUAGCUGUCUAACACCUUUCUCUUAUCAUUCCAGCUGUCACUUAAAUGUCAUGAAUCUUUUGUACAUUUGUUGAUAGCCCUGAGCCCAAUGAUCCGCACUGUAAAUGAGAUUAAAGAGAUCUAGUCUGGGGUCCAGCAGGCAGCCUGUCUGAAACUGUAUGCACGUAUGAGGUCAGUUUGGUUCAUUUGAGCUUUGCACUAUGGCGGAUGCACUAUUGUUAUUAUUACAAUAUGUACAGAGUUGGUAUUAAAUACAGUGUUUGAUUUAGAAGGUGACAGGGAUAAAAGAGAAAAUAAGAUGCAUCGUAUCGGAUAUUUUUAGAAACUAUCUUUUUGGAUUGAGAUAAAAAGAAAUGAACUAAAGCUUAUAGUUGAAUUGAAAUGGAAAUAAAAUAAAAUAUUAAAACAUUAAA